CUUUUGACUAUCGCUUUGACUCUCACAGUGAGGAUUAGAAAAACCAGGGCCCUUUCCACCAGUACUUAGGUGGCUACUCUAUAGCCUUUCCUUCUCCCCAUUCCCUUCACAAAGUUAGGCUCUAGAUCUCUUUUGGAGGAGUGGGGGGUGCUGACCAAUGAAUCGGAUUGGGAAUUGACAGUGGCUUCCCGGUUUGUAAAGCUUUUGUGACAGGUGUUUAUUGUUUCCUCUUCCCAUAGCUCUGACAGAAACAUCUGUGGAUCUUGGUGUCUGGACAUAGGAGAGCCAGCUUUUGAAAGCUCUGCUAGUCCAACAAUUGGAAGGAAUGAUAUAGUGCUAUUGUUGUCUUCAAUCGUUCUGAAGUACAAGACCUUUCAAAUCACUGUAGAUAUGGACAAAGAAGAAAGGAAGACUAUCAAUCAGGGUCAGGAAGAUGAAAUGGAAAUUUAUGGCUAUAAUUUGUGUCGCUGGAAGCUUGCCAUAGUUUCUGUAGGAGCAGUUUGCACUGGUGGCUUUCUCCUGCUCCUCCUCUAUUGGAUGCCUGAGUGGCGGGUGAAGGCGACCUGUAUUAGAGCUGCAAUUAAAGACUGUGAAGUGGUGCUGCUAAGGACUACUGAUGAAUUCAGAAUGUGGUUUUGUGCAAAAAUUCGCCUGCUUUCUCUGAAAACUCAUCCAUUUUCAAGUCCAAAAUCUGUGGCUAAUAAGGUUUCAAAUGGCCAUGCUGUUCUUUUAACCGAAAGUCUGGCCGAAGAGAACAGGCAUGAGAUUCGUUAUUUCACCCACCAUAGUGUAAAAUAUUUCUGGAAUGAUACCCUUCACAAUUUUGAUUUCUUAAAGGGACUGGAUGAAGGUGUUUCUUGUACGUCAAUUUAUGAAAAGCAUAGUGCAGGACUGACAAAGGGGAUGCAUGCCUACAGAAAAUUGCUUUAUGGAAUAAAUGAAAUUUCUGUGAAAGUGCCUUCUGUUCUUAAGCUUCUAAUUAAGGAGGUUCUCAACCCAUUUUACAUUUUCCAGCUGUUCAGUGUUAUACUGUGGUGCACUGAUGAAUACUAUUACUAUGCUCUAGCCAUUGUGAUUAUGUCUGUAGUAUCAAUUCUAAGCUCCCUAUAUUCCAUUAAAAAGCAAUAUAUUAUGUUGCAUGACAUGGUGGCAGCUCACAGUACUGUGAGAGUUUCAGUUUGCAGAGUAAAUGAAGAAAGAGAAGAGAUCUUUUCUACAGACCUUGUGCCGGGAGAUGUUAUGGUCAUUCCAUUAAAUGGGACAGUCAUGCCUUGUGAUGCAGUACUUAUUAAUGGUACUUGCAUUGUAAAUGAAAGCAUGUUAACAGGAGAAAGUGUUCCAGUGACAAAGACUAAUUUGCCAAAUCCUUCAGUGGACAUAAAAGGAAUGGGAGAUGAAUUAUAUAGUCCAGAAAUACAUAAACGACACACUUUGUUUUGUGGGACUACUGUUAUUCAAACUCGUUUCUACACUGGAGAACUUGUCAAGGCCAUAGUAGUUAGAACAGGAUUUAGUACUUCCAAAGGACAGCUCGUUCGUUCCAUAUUGUAUCCCAAACCAACUGAUUUUAAACUCUACAGAGAUGCCUACUUGUUUCUUCUGUGUCUUGUGGCGGUGGCUGCCAUUGGUUUUAUCUACACUAUUAUCAAUAGCAUUUUAAAUGAGGUAGAGGUUGGAGUAAUAAUUAUCGAAUCUCUUGAUAUCAUUACAAUUACUGUGCCGCCUGCGCUUCCUGCUGCAAUGACUGCUGGUAUUGUGUAUGCCCAAAGAAGACUGAAAAAAAUUGGUAUUUUCUGCAUCAGUCCCCAGAGGAUAAAUAUAUGUGGACAGCUGAAUCUUGUUUGCUUUGACAAGACUGGAACUCUUACUGAAGAUGGUUUAGAUCUUUGGGGGAUUCAACGAGUGGAAAAUACACGUUUUCUUUUGCCAGAAGAAAAUGUUUGCAAUGAGAUGUUGGUAAAGUCUCAGUUUGUUGCUUGUAUGGCUACUUGCCAUUCACUCACAAAAAUUGAAGGAGUGCUUUCUGGUGAUCCACUUGAUUUGAAAAUGUUUGAAGCCAUCGGAUGGAUUCUGGAAGAAGCAACUGAAGAGGAAACAGCACUUCAUAAUCGAAUUAUGCCAACUGUGGUUCGUCCUCCGAAGCAACUGCUUCCUGAACCUACACCUGCAGGAGACCAGGAAAUGGAGCUGUUUGAACUUCCAGCUAUUUAUGAGAUAGGGAUUGUUCGCCAAUUCCCAUUUUCUUCUGCUUUGCAACGUAUGAGUGUGGUUGCAAGGGUGCUAGGGGAUAAAAAAAUGGAUGCCUACAUGAAAGGAGCACCUGAGGUCAUUGCCAGUCUUUGUAAACCUGAAACAGUUCCUGUUGAUUUUGAAAAUGUUUUAGAAGAUUACACUAAACAGGGCUUCCGUGUAAUUGCUCUUGCGCACAGAAAAUUGGAGUCAAAACUGACAUGGCAUAAAGUACAGAAUAUUAGCAGAGAUGCCAUUGAAAACAACAUGGAUUUUAUGGGAUUGAUUAUAAUGCAAAACAAAUUAAAGCAAGAAACUCCUGCAGUACUUGAAGAUUUGCAUAAAGCCAACAUUCGCACUGUCAUGGUCACAGGUGACAACAUGUUGACUGCUCUCUCUGUGGCCAGAGACUGUGGAAUGAUACUACCUCAGGAUAAAGUUAUUAUUGCUGAAGCAUUACCUCCAAAGGAUGGGAAAGUUGCCAAGAUAAAUUGGCAUUAUGCUGACACCCUAACACAGUGCAGUAAUUCAUCAGCAGUGGACUCAGAGGCUAUUCCAAUUAAAUUGGCCCAUGAUAGCUUAGAAGAUCUUCAGGUGUCUCGUUAUCAUUUUGCAAUGAAUGGAAAAUCAUUUUCAGUGAUACUGGAGCAUUUUCAAGACCUUGUUCCCAAGUUGAUGUUGCAUGGCACUGUGUUUGCUCGUAUGGCACCCGAUCAGAAGACACAAUUAGUAGAAGCAUUGCAAAAUGUAGAUUACUUUGUUGGGAUGUGUGGUGAUGGUGCAAAUGAUUGUGGUGCUCUGAAGAGGGCACACGGAGGCAUUUCCUUGUCAGAGCUUGAGGCUUCAGUGGCAUCGCCCUUUACCUCCAAAACUCCUAGUAUUUCCUGUGUGCCAAACCUUAUCAGGGAAGGCCGUGCUGCUUUAAUGACUUCCUUUUGUGUGUUUAAAUUUAUGGCUUUGUACAGCAUUAUACAGUACUUCAGUGUUACUCUACUGUAUUCCGUCUUAAGUAACCUAGGAGACUUCCAGUUUCUCUUCAUUGAUCUGGCAAUCAUUUUGGUAGUGGUAUUUACAAUGAGUUUAAAUCCUGCCUGGAAGGAACUUGUGUCACAACGACCACCUUCAGGUCUCAUAUCGGGGGCCCUUCUCUUCUCCGUUUUGUCUCAGAUCAUCAUCUGCAUUGGAUUUCAAUCUUGGGGGUUUUUUUGGGUCAAGCAGCAGCCUUGGUAUGAAGAAUGGAAUCCACAUUCAGAUGCUUGUAAUACAACAGGAAGCCUAUAUGGAAAUUCCUCACAUUCGUACAAUGAAACUGAAGAUGAUCCACAUAAUAUACAAAAUUAUGAAAAUACCACAGUGUUUUUUAUCUCCAGUUUUCAGUACCUCAUAGUGGCAAUUGCCUUUUCAAAAGGAAAACCUUUCAGGCAACCUUGCUACAAGAAUUAUCUUUUUGUUUUGUCUGUGACUAUUUUGUAUGUUUUCAUAUUAUUCAUCAUGUUGCAUCCAGUUGCCUCUAUUGACCAGGUUCUUCAGAUAGUGUGUGUACCAUAUCAGUGGCGUAUAACUAUGCUCAUCAUUGUUUUUGUAAAUGCCCUUGUAUCUAUCAUGAUGGAGAGCUUCUGCCUUGACAUGGUCCUUUGGAAAGUUGUGUUCAAUCGAGACAGACAAGGAGAGUAUCGCUUCACCACCACACAGCCAGCACAGGAGUCAGUGGAUUAUUGGGGGAAAUGCUGUGUGUCCUGGGCCCUGGACUGUAGAAAGAAGAUACCGAAAGCAAAGUACAUGUAUCUGGCUCAGGAGCUCCUGGUUGAUCCAGAAUGGCCACCAAAGCCUCAGACAACAACAGAAGCUAAAGCUUUAGUUAAGGAAAAUGGAUCAUGUCAAAUCAUCACCAUAACAUAGCAGUGCAUCGUCUCGGUGGUAUGCUAGUAGCAGUAUUGAACAGAAUGUAAUUUAGGACUUUCUGAUCCUGUGUGUCAGAAUGGCAUCGUUUCAAUCUGUGUUCCUUCUGAUAUAGUAGCUAAUUUCAGAGCUUUUUUAAAAAACAAAAAACAAAUAAAAGAUUGGCCUGCCAGGUAAAUUAAUAAUCAAUCUGUGAAGUCCUCUGUCUUGAUUUAGUAACUCUGGAUGUUAUAUUUCCACAAUUUUCUGGAUUGUUCCCUCAGUGGUACUCUUUUAUAGGGUAUAGAAGAAAGUUGGUAUUUGGUAGGGUUUUAGACAUUAGCUUUUGAGACUUAGUUUACACCUUUAAAUUUAUUUUCACAACCCUUAGAGAAAGCCCUCCUUUAUGUAUAGGCCCAAAAUUUAUGGUUGCGAAA